CUCCCUUGCAUACAUUCACAGUCCAGCUGUCCGUCUCCACACUCACUCUAUCAGGCUGAGGAGUGAGGACAGAAGAGAAGACGUGCCACCACUGCACAGAAAGAAGCAAGAGAGGGAUCCACCGGAAGAAAAGAAGAAAAACCACUGAAUUCAAGAACAUAGCAGGAAGAAAGCCCGGCCUGUUUUUCCCAGUCCAAUGCAACACCACAGGGACAGCUGUGCUUCCAGAUUUUGCAGAACGCUACUUAACUGUUUCUCAGUGAACUCUAUCGCAGCCUCAUCGCUCUACCAGCGUGCGUGCGCGUGCACAUCUGUCUGAUCCCAACACUCUUGGAGGUGUUUUUGUGUCUGUGCUCAUCAGAGCCUGCUGAAGGUGUGUGUGAGGAUGCGGCCCGGGUGUGUUUUGGUCUUUUGUGUGUGCAUCUCUGUGUUUCUCCGUCGCGCUAUUUCACAGCCACCCACAGAAACUGACACCUACACGGAAUGUACAGAUGGAUAUCACUGGGAUCCACAGACUCAGCACUGCAAAGAUAUAAAUGAAUGUGAGACAAUCCCAGAGGCCUGUAAGGGAGAGAUGAAGUGCUUCAACCACUAUGGCGGGUACCUGUGCCUCCCUCGCUCGGCCUCGGUCAUCCCUGCCCCUGAUCCGCCCAACCAGGUCCACCCCAGCCUAGAGAACACGGCCAGCGAGUCAUUCAACUUGUGCCCUCCAGGUUUUGAGCCCCAGGGAGACAGCUGCGUGGAUGUGGAUGAGUGUGAACGGGACAAUCACGACUGCCAGCCCAGUCAGCAGUGUUUUAAUACAGAAGGCUCCUUCUCCUGCCAGUGUCCAGAUGGGUAUCGCAAAGUGGGCACAGAAUGCAUCGACAUUGACGAGUGCCGGUACCGCUACUGUCAACAUCGCUGUGUUAAUGUCCCUGGCUCAUUCUCCUGCCAGUGUGAGCCUGGUUUCCAGCUGGCUGGCAACAAUCGCUCCUGUAUUGAUGUUGAUGAGUGUGGCAUGGGGGCCCCCUGCAGUCAGAGGUGUUAUAACACGUACGGGACGUUCCUGUGUCGAUGUGAGCAGGGUUAUGAGCUGGGGCCAGAUGGAUUUGCCUGCAAUGACAUAGACGAGUGCAGCUACUCCAGUUACCUUUGCCAGUAUCAGUGUGUUAAUGAGCACGGCAAAUUCUCCUGUGUCUGUCCUGAUGGCUAUCAGCUCCUGAGCACACGCCUCUGCCAAGACAUAAACGAAUGCGAGACAGGAGCUCAUCAGUGCUCUGAUGGACAGACUUGUGUGAACAUUCAUGGAGGUUACAAAUGUGUCGACAACAAAAGCUGUCAGGAACCCUAUGUGCAAGUGUCCGAAAAUCGCUGUACAUGUCCUGUCACAAAGCCCAGCUGUCGAGACAUGCCCUACUCCAUUGUGCAUCGCUACAUGAGCAUCACAUCCGAGCGCACCGUCCCCUCAGACAUCUUUCAGAUCCAGGCCACCAGUGUCUAUCCUGGAGCCUAUAACACCUUCCGCGUCCGCUCUGGAGAUGACAAUGGAGAUUUUUACAUCAGGCAAAUCAACAACAUCAGUGCCAUGCUUGUUCUCGCCCGCGCCGUGAAAGGCCCCAGAGAGUAUGUGCUGGAUUUGGAGAUGGUUUCUGUCAACCCACUCGUGAGCUACCACACCAGUUCUGUCCUGCGCUUAAACGUCUACGUUGGGCCUUAUGCUUUUUAACUGAAAGAGAUGCCUAGAGAGGGAAAAGGGGUGGAAGAGUGGAAGCACUGAUUGAUUCAUCCAACAAGGAGGGCUUAUGAGCUGGAUAUGUCUGCCAAAUGACAGACAUCAUUUCCAAGAUUGUACAGAAGUCAUUCUCACGAGAGAUGUACCAACCUAUUCAACUUCUACAUCGUAGAUAAUAAUAAAAAAGGCUAUUAGAGACAGGCACUAUAUUUUAAGGACAAAAUGUCUACAAGAUAAUAACUCACUAUAUUGUGUCAUAUGGAAAAUGGCAAAGUUACCAGCUGCACUAUGACUACAAACCUGCUGUACAUCCUAUGUAAACUGUCUUUUGUCAUUUAUAAAUGCCUCUUUCUCAGGAUGAGGGGUGCAGCUCUGCAGACUAAUUCCUCUGGUUUGCUCUUCCAGUUCAGAAGUCAGCAAUAAUAAUUAAUCUGUCCUAUUCAAAUAGAUGUAGCGAUAACAAUAUCAAGGCUGUAAAAAAUAUCUCUGUAUGUUCUUAGUGUCAAAAGCUUCUAUUAAUGUUCCACUAUGUAUAAUCCAUCUCUAUUGUUGUUAUUCAUUGUUGUUAUUCAGUAACCACUCAGUCAUUCCAAACCUCUACUCCACCACCACCAUCAAUAAUGCUCACAUUAUUUUGUGUUGGGUUUAUUUUAUUUUUUUUUAUACCAUGCUGCCAUUGUUGUAUUUUCGAUCCUGGAUUUAUUACUGUAAUAAAUUUGAUAAGACCAUAAAAAA